AUGCGGGACGCUGAACCGCUGCUGCUGUCGCGCCUGUGCGACCGAGGGGCUUUUGUGCAGCCCACAAGCCAAGUGAUCACAAGGACCCGAACAGGCUACCACACCCAGAGCUACGUGGAGCACUUGCGGCGCUCCAGAAAGCUGGCCUCUGCGUUGUCCAAGUGGGGUGUGCAAGUGGAGGAUCGCGUAGCAACGCUGAUGUGGAAUACAGGCUGGCACUUUGAGUGCUACCACGCCGUUUCCUGCAUGGGCGCGUGUCUGCACACGCUGAACCUGCGAUUGAGCGCGGCAGACCUGAGCUACAUCAUAAGUCACGCGCAGGACAGGCUGAUAUUUGUGGAUGCCAUCCUCUUGGAUUUGUUGAGCAAGGUGGAUGCUUCCAGCUUGGCGAGCAUCGAGUUGUUCGUGUGCAUCGGCGAGGACGCUGAGCCCGGCAGAUGGGCCCAAACCACGGAUCCGUCGAAAACGCUGGAUUAUGAGGACUUCCUAGCUUCUGGCAGUGAGGAUUUCGAGUGGCCCGUGGUGCCAGACAGCUGCACCAUGGGCUUGUGCUAUACCUCGGGCACCACUGGUCGACCCAAAGGCGCUUCCUACAGCCAGCGCUCCACAUACCUCCACACCCUUAUGAUUGUGGGCGUGGAUCAGCUUGCCAUCUCUGGCGCGGAGGUGGUUAUGCCGUUCGUUCCAAUGUUCCACGUCCUCAGCUGGGGCAUCCCCUUCGCCUUGCUGAUGACGGGCGCCACUGCAGUUUUCACGUCCAAUUUUACCGAUCCAGGAUCCAUGCUGCAGACCAUGGUUGACUGGAAGGUCCAGGUUUCCAGCGGCGUGCCCACAGUCUGGCAGGGCCUGCGAGCGCAGAUCCAGCAACAAGGCCUGGAGCCCUUGAAGCCCAAGAUUUGGCUGCGGCGCCUCAUCUGCGGCGGCUCGGCGCCGCCCGCGGAGAUGAUGCGCUGGUACCUGGAUGAGCUGGGAGUUGAGUUCGUGCAAGUCUGGGGCAUGACCGAGACCAAUCCCCUUGGAUCCAUCGCGCGGAGAGUUAGCAAGAUCAAGGAUUUGGAAAAGAGUGUGGAAGAGUCCUUCACGAACGUGACAAAGGCGGGCCUGCCAUGCCCAGGACUGCAGUUCCGCAUCGCCCAGAGCGAUGACCUCAGCAAGGACGUGGCCAGGGGCGCGGCCGGGGAGCUGUUGGUCAAGGGCCCGUGGAUCAUCCACGAGUACUACCAGGUGAAGGCGCCUGACAAAUUCUUCCAGGGAUGGCUGAUCACCGGGGACGUUGCCAAGAUUGAUGAGGAGGGUGCCAUCAUCAUCAGUGAUCGCUCCAAGGAUGUCAUCAAAUCAGGUGGCGAGUGGAUCUCCUCUAUUGACAUGGAGAACGCAGUGGCUGCCAUGCCCGGCAUUGCUAUGGCAGCUGUGGUUGGAGUGCCUCAUCCGCGCUGGGACGAGCGGCCGGUAGCAGUGGUCACUUUGGAACCAGCAGCAGGUGACAAAGAACUACUGGAGCGGGUGCACAAGCAUUUGGCGCACACCUUUGCCAAGUUCCAGCUCCCGGAUGACGUCCUGGUUUGGAAUGCCAUUCCCCUGACCAGCACGGGCAAAAUCGACAAGAAAGUCAUCCGCGCCAUGCUGGAGGAGCAGAAGUACAUCCUACCAUCCCUUCGCGGGUCCAAGCUUUGA